GAGUUGUUCGAUGUGAGUGAGUAGUUGUUGAUCGUUGCCGCCCUGCGACUGAUUAACACUGUCGGUGACAUCACUACGUUCGAUGUUCAACGACGGUGAUUUGACGAUGGGUCUGUUGCGACCUACAAAAAAUACAGAUGAGAAACGCAUUAGUUGGCUGGAGAGAAGCAAAAAAGAAAAGAUACGCGUAAAGUAGUUGGAUGAGUUUCUACUCGUCGUCUGUGCGUGUAUGUGACAACAACACCAAUAAUAGCAACAACAUCACAUCAUCAUCAGCAGCAGCGACAGCAUAACCACCGAAUGAAAACAAACAAAGUGGAAAAAAGACGCGCAAAAGCGCAUUAAACGUAAAGACGUGCAUUGCACAUUUUGCAAGAGAAAAAAAUCACACAUGCUAAAAAAAACAUGGAACUUUCUUCAUAAGUAGAGGGAAAAAAAUGAGAACAAAAAACUGAAUGUUUGUCACCGCAGUACAUUAAUUUGUCGUUUUCAUACCUGCGUUUUUGAUAAAUCGUAGCAUUUUGCAUGUCUAUUCGAGUAAACAGCAGCCAAUUAACGGGCACCAUGUAAAUUGAUUCGCACACUCGUCGCUAAUGUCAAAGAGAAUGUUGGAGAUGAAACGACGAAAUAAAAAACCACCUUCAAUCCAACUGGAGUGUGCAAAUUUCUCCGAAAAAGUAAAUAAAAGCCAGAAUCGUCUGCUCUCCCGUUUUUUUUUGUCGCGAGUCGCGGCACACUUUAUGUUUGUAGCGUUUUAGAACAACAGGCAACACACUCACUUCAAUUGUGACUACAUUAAUAAAUUCUGAAUUGAAUUUGCAUAAAAUGCUAAUUCAAAAUCGCUUAUGAAUUCAUGAUAGCAUGCACACAUAAACGACACAGCUUUUGCUCACAGUAGUCAGGUUCUUUAAAUUUUGCUUUGUUAUUUUUUUUGUUCCUUCUUUCAAUCAUAAAAUGACACUUUUCUAAUAUAAAUGGUGCUGAAACGUUGCGAUGCCCAUUUUGUUUCGAUCGUUUAAGAAAAUUGGUGAAAUCAAGACGAAAAAACGCUCUGAAGAAUGUUUUCUCUCAUGAAACAGCUAACUUUAUUUGUGUUUUUUCCCCGUAUUUCUGCACACGGUUUAUUUAUUUGUUGUUUGUUUCUACUUCAUUUACAAACACGUAAUUGUCUUUUUUCUGUGUGAUUUUUUUCUUUCUUCCCAUUUAAUGCGAACACUUGGUGACGUUUCGUACCACACUGAUGUGCCUGUAUGAUGUAUUUGGGGUUUACAACUAUGGAAUGCACACUUUCGACUGAACAACAGUACUGCACAACGAUGUGAUGGGCACAACACACGCAUACACCGACACAACAAUAACAUUGACGGAUGAAUUGAUCGAACUGUCAAAUUCAUUUGUGGAAUGGUUCGGCAUUGGAACGAUACUGCUUUAUCGACCAUUUGCUAUUUGAAUUUGAGCUUCACAGUGACGUUGUUGAUUGGAGAAAUUAAUUGAAAUUGUUGAGGGUUUCGAUUGAAAAAUGGGAAUUUUGGAUUAAAAUCAUCAGAAAGUGAAUAGAUUCAAUAAAACUAAUUUUGAUUCAUCCAGUAUUAAGGCAAUCAAGAACUCUCAGAAUUCAAAGGAGGCAAACUAAAAAAACAUAUAGUGUAAAACAUCAAAUUACCCACUGUGUUUUCGUCAUUGUAGGCAAAAUAUCAGUUUACCUCCAUUGUAUUAAAAUUGUCGGCGAAAUGUCAUUUUACCUACAUUGUUAAUAUUUGUGGAUAGAUUUUGUGGGAAUUUUUUCGACGGCAGAUUUUGCAGUGCGGCUUUGGCGAAAUAGCGAAGAAGGCUAGAGUGAAUAAGUGUACUACUCGAAAGUCGUCUUUCUCUCACUCCUUUUUUCGCUCCUUUCAAACCGUCUCUUUUACUCCUUUCGCACACAUAACUUACUCUUCUCACACACAUAACUAAAGUCCAACCAUUGCACAUUGCAUCGCAAUUCACAGACAUUUUCAGGUUAAGUUUUCUAUUCGAUUUUCUUGUUGAAUCUCUCUUGUCAUCCUUCUAUUUGGGUAAUAAGAAUUUCUCCAGAGAAUUAAAGACGACCAAUAAGAAUUAUUUACUGACCAUAAGAACCUUGGAUGAGUUUCUACUCGUUGGUGUUUCUUUUCGAGAAAGAAAAAUUCGAUAGAUUUUUUUCCGAUCAACAAAGUUUUAUAGAAAAAUAUUUUUGCUAGGGCAAAAAAACCAACAAAUAAAGAAGAAGACUGGGUGUCAAAAGUUGGUGUCAAACCAACAAAUUGUCGAACGAAGUUCUUCUAAUUUUAGGCUAACAUUUGAAAGUGCCACGCAUCAAUCACAAAGUAAUCGCAGUACUUCUCGAUCAAAAUAAUCUCGACACAAUGGCAAAACGAAUCAAGUUGGAAUCACAGUUUGAAAAACUUUAUCCGGACGCCGAGGCUGACAUUCACUUUGAAUGUGUGUCUAAAUCUGGGCAAAUCGAAGUAAUUCCUGGUCACAAGCACGUGCUCUUCAUGGCAAAUGACGUUUUCAACCUUUUAUUUUUUGAUUACGACAAGCAAUAUCGUCUGUAUAAAAUUGUUGGAGUGACAUCAGAGGCGUUCAAAGAAUUUUUACAGCUGUUCUACAUGGAUCAUGCCCAAUUGAGUGGUGGAAAUGCGUUGCAAGUGAUGCAAAUGCUCAAAACAUUCAAUAUUCGUGACCAUUCAAGUGCAUUCAAGAUGUUACUAAAGGCGGAAUUUACCAGGGAAAAACUUUUCUGGGGCCACCAACUGGCUGUGUGGCUGAAUCAAGACGACUUAAAGGGAUACUGCGAAGAAGAGAUCGCAUUUAACACGAAAGAAGUCUUUAAACUGUCAGACUUCCUUGUAUGUGAUCGGUCGACUCUACAUCAUAUUUUGUCACAGGAUCGUUUGACGUGCGAUGAAGCAACUGUAUUCAAUGCGUGCAUCACCUGGUCGAAGGCGGUCUGUGAACGAAAAGGCUUGAAUUCGGACAAUGGACACAAUUUACGCCAACAACUCGGUAAUCUUGUGUAUCAAAUCCGCUUUCGAUCGAUGACAUUGGCCGAGUUUAACACACUUGCCAUUUCAUCUGGCAUUAGGUUUACCAUCGAUGAUUGGCAAGAGCUCUUUCAAUUGUUCAAUUCAAAAGAAUUUUCACCGAAACGGUUUCAUGGUGGCCUUCGAUUGAAACCAUUCACAUGGGAUCCCAAACGGUUCGUGUGUGUCAGACGAGAUGAUCCAUUGGAUCCAAAUGAAUGGUGGAGAAAACGUCGAGUUCAACGGAAUGAAAUUACAGUCUUUAGCACCAAUAAACCACUUCUACUUGGCGAACUCUGGUUUGUCGAGAUAAAAUUUCCGAAGAGUGACUUCACAACGAAAUGCGUUUGCAAGAGCAACAUCACAAUUUUUCAAAAGACCUAUAUUGCCAAUUCACCACAGUGCAACGUUAUUUUCAGUGGAUCAGUCACACUCAAUGACAGGAGAACAUCGUUUAGAUUACCCGAUCCCAUUUCAGUGAAACCGGAUUGCUUGUAUGAAAUUCAUUUGGAACAGUGUGACAUGAGCUACUUCAAACUAGAUAUGAUAUUAGAUGAUGUCAUUGAAAUAGAAGACACUAUUGUUCGAUUUGACGAUGGUGGAAAUGGACUUGUCUCAGCCAUCUGCUUCAAUCGAUUGCGUGUUUAGGGCUUUUCGAACUGAUUGUACUGUGACCGAUAGCGAUCGCGAUAAAACUCAAACUCAACAAAUAGAAAUGAUGAUAACAAUCUAAUAACCUUACCGUGUGCAAUCCAAUCAUUCAAUUGACAAGCUUAAUUUGAUGGACGUUUAUGAAAAAAAAGCGUUGUUUGUAAAUUUCAGACGAUUAAUUUUAAACCAAAAAAGUGACUCUGUUUUGUUUUGUUAAUCUAAUCAUUAGUAUUCAAUAUCUUAUCAUGAGCUGUGUUAUGUCUGUAAGAUAAGUAAGCUAUCACUAAAUAGACACAAAUCAAUUCGAUUGAAUUGAAGGUCAAAGCAAGAAUAUGAAAAAUAAAGAAACAAAAAUGUGAUGCAAAAGAAGUGAAAAAGUUCAAGAAGAAAAGAAAUGAAAGUAUGUUUAAAGUCCAGUAUGCACACUGUGAAGCAAAGUUAACCGUUGAAUGUAUCUAAAAUCCAUUUAUUAUAAUUUACGAAUUAAAGUUUGUUCAUUGUUCAAA